AUGGCAGCAGAGCUCGGCAUCUUCCCGCAGUACAUCGCGCGCAAGCCCGAGACGAUAGUCCUGCAGGACAAGAUCAUGUCGCUCUCGGGGGGCAGCGCCGACAUCACGCUCCUCGGCGCCGGCCCCAGCGGCGGGGCGCCGCUCUUCCGGGUGGACGGCAAGACCAUGUCGCUCAAGGGCCGGCGGUCGGUCACGGACGCGGCGACCAACGCGCCGCUGUUUGACAUUGUCAAGGAGCACAUGCACCUGCACGCGACGUACGCGGCCGUCGACCCGAGCGGGACCAAGCUUCUCGAGGUCAAGAGCCACUUCUCACUCAUCGGCAGCAAAGCGGACGUGUCGUUCACGGACCGGUCGGGCCGGGCGCGCACGCUCCUGAUGAAGGGCGACUGGGCGUCGCGGUCGGCGGACAUCGAGGACGAGAAGGGCGUGGCGGUGGCGCGCAUCAGCAGGAAGUUCGGGGGCAACGUCGGGCGGGAGCUGAUGGGCGGGCAGACGUACGCCGUGGAGAUCAUGCCGGGCGUCGACAUGGCGCUCGUCGUGGCCAUGUGCAUCUGCCUCGACGCCAAGAAGGACGCCGACAGGGGGAGUUGA